CAUCUUGUGGGAGGGCAGAGGCGAAGGGCAGAGUGCGGCGGGGACGGCGGUGGCCGAGGACAAGCAGCCAUGGCUGGCCAUGACUCAGGAUCUCAACACCAAUUCACUGGAUUUCAGAAGUACUUCAAUUCCUAUACCAUGAUAGGCAGGAGGAAUUAUGUAAUAGCAACAUACACAGGUGUUGCACUCCUUAUCUUGUAUUUCAAGUUUAGGCCUAAGAAGCAAACGCCUGCUGUGACAGAUAAGUAAAAGGUUCCUGGCAUGACUGGGCCUCCAAUCUGUGUCAAUGUAAUGCAAGCUAAUAACUUGUGGCUAAUAAAAUAUAAAUAAUUACUUGU